CUGCUGUGUGUGUGAGUUCGGUGACAUCAACAAGACACGCAGAUCCGUGUUCUCUGGGGGGAUUGACAUUAACUCAGACAUAAUCAAGACUCUAGGGACAUCGCACAGCUCUUUUAGACAGCAGAGGGGAAGAGGGAUCUGGUGGGUGUAUAUUUCCAGCAGUUUUCCAGCAGGUGUUACUGAAGGGUCCAUCACAGACUAUCAGCAGGGUUCAUGAAACUUUGCUACGAUUUGCGAGCUGGGGCUGCCAUACACAAUGUUAAGGUAAAGCCUAAAGCAGCUGUGUUGAACAUGCUAAAGCGGCUGGACAAAAUACGAUUCCGUGGUCCAAAGCGAGAUGACUUCCUGGAUUUACCCGAGUCCCCCACGGGGUCGGACACUGAAUGUAGUGAUGACAUGCUGAUGAGACCUCGACCUUCAAUACGAGACAAUGACGAGCAAAGAGACCCUGCUGGUUUGGGGACUUUGUCUGUCAUGCAAGACCUGAGGAGUGAAUCGGAACGUCUCAAUGAGGUCAAGGGCCAUUUGGAAAUUGCCUUACUGGAGAAACACUUCCUACAGGAGGAACUACGGAAGCUACGAGAAGAAACCAAUGUGGAGACCCUAAAGCAGGAGCUGGAGAGAGAACGCAGCAGAAGACUUGACCUGGAACAGAAGAUGAGUGAUGUGCUGAAGACCAGGUGUGAAGAUUCUCCACCUCAGCCUCCACGGAAACAGCAGCCACCUGCAGCUAACGGCACAGACAAACAGCAGAAGGAGACAGUGUGUUCGCGGCUGCAGAGCUGGCUCUAUGAUCGGUUUGGGGUUUAUAUAGAGGAUUUUCGCUUCCAGCCCGAGGAGAACACGGUUGAGGCUGAGGAGCCACUAAGUGCUAAAAGGUUAGUGAAGAAAGAUCACCUGUGGAGGUCAUUCUUGUGAAACUGAAAUACUCUGCUCCAUUAUCAUGUCUCAGAGAUCCUUUUCUGUCUAAUUUAUAUGAAUGCAGCAUGGCAUGGCUGGGCUAUACCUUUGUUUCUAUUCUUAGCCAUUCUGAGGUUGUCACUGAACUACCUCAUAGCCAGAGGAUGGAGAAUUCAGUGGAGUAUUGUGCCUGAAGUUUCUGAACCUGUGGAACCUCCAAAGGAAGAUCUAACUGUGUCUGAAAAGUUUCAGUUAGUUCUUGAUGUUGCACAAAAAGCACAGAAUCUUUUUGGAAAGAUGGCAGACGUUUUGGAGAAAAUCAAAAAUUUGUUCAUGUGGGUUCAGCCUGAGAUCACUCAGAAAUUGUACAUCGCUCUGUGGGUGGCCUUCAUCUCCUCCUGCGUCCUGCCCUACAAGCUGAUGGGCUUCAUGAUCGGGCUUUACGCGGGCAUCAAGUUCUUUAUUAUAGACUUCCUGUUUAAGAGCUGCCCAAAACUCCGAGACAAAUACGACACUCCGUACAUCAUGUGGAACAGCCUGCCCACCGACCCUCAGCUGAAAGAACGCAGCAAUGCCACUGUGUCACGACGGCUGUCUGGGUGUGAGAAGAUCCAGCCGGUGGUAUCACGAAGUACUUUAGCCACCAUCCCGGCCGGAGUGACCCGAGAAGAAGAGAGUGGCCGUGCACACAGCACAAAGAAAGGAGCAUUCCAUGAGAUCUUCAACCUACCUGAGAUUGAGAGACCUCUGCCCGUAUGUGAGAAUGGAUGGAGAUGCUGCCUGAUAAACAGAGACAGGAAGAUGCCGACUGACUACAUUCGCAAUGGGAUGCUCUACGUCACUGAGAACUACCUGUGUUUUGAGAGCUCCAGUUCAAGAUCAGGGUCUUCAAAGAAGAACAAAGUCAUCAAACUGGUGGACAUCACAGAUAUCCAGAAGUACAAAGUUUUAUCAGUUCUGCCUGGGUCUGGAAUGGGCAUUUCUGUUGCCACCCCGUCAACACAGAAGCCACUGGUCUUUGGUGCCAUGAUACACAGAGACGAGGCCUUUGAGACAAUCUUUACCCAGUACAUGAAGAUCAUGACUACAGCCAACCCUGAGACGUAACUCACCCUUUAUCCUUCUGGAGGAUUUCUCAUUUGGAAAAAGACGAGACCAGUGUUUCCUGUCUGGUUAACUGGUUAACAUCUCAAAGACUUUUCCAACCUGAGGGAUGCAGACGGCUUCUCGUCAUGCGACUGUGACCUUUUUGGCUUUUUAAAGAUGAGCACACUGAUCAGUGUACAGACAUGUGUUUUCUACUCGUCUCUCAGUGAUUCAGAUUUCAUGUCUGGUUUUAUCCUGGAAGAGGUUUGUAAAAUGAAGCCGAUCACACAGGAUGGUCUUUAACACUUUAAACACUGUAUUAAUAAGUAUUUUUGCUCGAAAGAAAAUUGACCACAAUUUGUUCAUUUGUUAGGUAAAACAAAUUAAAAUCUUAAUUUAAGAUAUAUUUCUCUGAAACAAAGUAUUUUGCUUCUCAAUUCCAUUUACCUUUAAACAAAAUUUUGAUGUUUUAUACUGGAGAACAAGACAAAAAUACUGAUUAAUAUAAAAUGCAAUUUUGCAGUAAUUGCAUUAUAAGUUGUGUUCACACCUAUAGUGUUUUGCAGCAACAAAUGUACAGGAAAUGUAUUCAUUUUUAAUCAGAGUUUGAGCAAUUUUAGGCAACAUAAAGGUAUAGUUCAUGACUUGUGCACUAUAUUCGAUCUUGACCUUCGCAGCUCUCAAAUUAAAUUUAUGCUAGUGGUCAGCUGGAAAAAAAAUACUGUUGUUUAUUCAGGUCAGUUAUAAAGUUAAACUUUGUGCAAACUUUCAUUGAAAAUGAAUGUAAAUUAACUUUGUCACUGCAAAUCACUAUCAGUGCAAAUGACCUUUAAAACUGAUAAACAAAGCCUUGUUUUUCUUUUCUUUUUUAACAUUUGUUUACAUUGUCACUGUGUGCGCAAAUCGUACACACAAACUCACUUAAAUCUCACCUCCCAGCAAAGUGUGCUUCAUGUGUUUUUAGCAGAAUAUCUUCCCAAAUUUAACUUUGGGAAAGUGUAGUUUCGAAUGGUUUAAAAUGCCUUUCUUUUAUUUUUGUAAUGUCAUAGCAGUCAGCAGAAUCAUUGCUCAUCUAUUGAUUCACUUACAUUUGAAAACACUAGAUAUGAAGGGUGUCAAACUCAUAAAACAUUUGGUUGCACUUUAUUUUGCAGUAGUAUACUUAGAGUGUACUAUAAAUGUGUACUUAAACAAGAAAGUACUGAAUAAUAUAAGGUAACUACUUGGGGUUAAUAUGAGUUAAAUUAAGGUUUAGGGUUAGUACCUACAGUAGUUAAUUAUAAUAAGUGCAUAGUACAUACAUGGUGAACAGGACUGUAAAGUAAAGUGCUACUGAAGAUUUUUACCAAGUAUUUCAUGUAUGUCUGUCUUAUUGAUAAACACUAGUUACUUGUAAAUGUUUUGUCACUUUAAACUGUUACUAAAUGAAGUUAAAUUCAGUACAGAACAUCUUCUAUUCACAUAACACAUUCACAAAGUGACUCUGAACUCAUCUUGAUGACAAUCUUUACACUCUUUAGAAAAAUCUUUAGGUGAAUCUCAUUGAGAAAUAUCCAAAUCAUAUUUUACCCCAAAAUCAAAAGAAUGCUAAGUAACGAC